AUGCUAAUACGUCAGGAUAGAACAUAUUUAGCUAGUCCACAGCUUUCGGCGACGGGUACACAUUUAGGUGGUUCUGAAGAAAGUGCUGAUGAUUUUAGAACAGAUGAAAAUGUCAGAUCAGCACCUGAUAUGCUUCAGGAUUUAAAUACUCCUAAGAUCUCAAUCUCACAAGAGGCUUACAACGACGAGAACGCUCAAAUUCUAUCUCCUUUCCCCACCACGAGAUGUCGGACCUGUCGCCGUUCAUCAACUUCUCCUACCUCAAUUGUUUAUUUCGAUCGCUCAACGUCAAAAGAUAGCAUUGUUCAUGGACAUUUACGACCUCAUCUUUUUGUACAUCAUCAUUCCACAACAAUCCCACCCGUUUUCAUAUCAGGAUCACCCACGAGAUCAUCGAGGGUGAUUCGUCAAAGUUCUCAACCCGAACCAAGUUCCUUAUGUGCCAGUCAUUGCUCUCAUGCGCACCAAACGUCAUCUUUACGUCAACUUAAGGAUCCAAGUGAUGCUUUGAGUGGCAUUGCAGCUGAUGCUCUAAGAAUGACGGGAGGAAUGAAAAGCUUUAAACAAGUGAGUUAA